AUGGUAAAGCACAUACUUUUCUGGCAUUAUUCCAGCUAUUUUGAGUGAGAAGAGACUGAGAAAGAGCAGCUUAUGCCUCACCUGAUAUCCUUUUUAUUAAUAUGGCUAUCUGACUUAUACCAUAGAAAUAUCAAGGCGAACUCUUAUGAAAGGUUUUUGUCAAGAAAACAUCUUGAAAGUGCAGAAAAAAGGCUGAGUGUCAUUUUCAAUUUAUUUCCUGAUGGAAUUUUAAUUAUUUCUGGAGAAAAAGAAAUUUUAUAUGUAAAUGCUAUCAUAACUAGAUAUUUAAAUUGUGAAAAAUGACAAAUAAUGGAAACUUUAUCAUCAAUUGAAUAUUGCCAAGGGAAAAAAUACUCACUUUUAUCAGAUUCUAACAAAUUAAUCGAUGAUAUCCACCUAGUUACAAGCUUGGAGCUCAACCAGCAGGUGCUGCUUGGACUAAGCCAAACUGAAACAUCAAAUUUGGAAUGGAGAGCACAAAAAGUACAGUGAGAUGACCAAGAAGCUACUUUAUUGACAGUUAGAAAUGCAAAUCACAUCAUAAACUUGGAGCAGUCAAUCUCAGACAACAAACUGAAAAACGUACUGCUGAGAUCUGUAUCUCACGAAUUGAGAACUCCUAUAAAUGCAAUUAUUUCUAUGUCUGAAUCAUUAAAAACAGAGCCAGAAGUAUCUGGAAAUGAGAGUUUUAAGGAGAAAUUGGCCAUUGUCUUUGUUUCUUCAAAGCUGCUGCUUUCUUUGGUGAAUGAUUUAUUGGAUUAUUCAAGAAUAUUAGCUGGAGCUUUUUCCAUUCAAAAAAGCAAAUGCUUAUUAAGAAGUAUAGUCUAUGACUCUGUCAAUUUGGUAAAGAUCCAAGCUGAGAAAAAAGGACUAAAAAUACUUACUUCUCCCCUCCGUGAGCAAACAAAAUAAUUUUUGUUCGCUCAGUGAGGGGGGUUAAUUUUUUUUUUAAAAAAAAUUUAUAUAUAAAUUUUAUAGUAAAUUUUUUUCUACAAAAUUGAAAUAAUUCUAAUUUGUAAAAUUUGAAAAGCAAAUAUUAAUUUAAUUUGUAAAAUUUAUGCUUUAAAAUGCAAUCUGUUUAAAAUUAACCAGAACUAGCAAGAGAUUUCAUUAUACUAAUUAUCCUUAUAUAUCAAAUUUUUUUUUCAUAAAAAAAUUAUUGUUAUUUCACGGAGGGGAGGGAGUUACAAGGAUUGACUCGAAUCUCCCUGCAUAUAUUUAUACAGACCCUUUAAGACUGAGCCAAAUGCUGCUCAACCUCCUCAGCAACGCUUUGAAGUUCACUCUUAAAGGAUGAAUUGAAGUGUGCUGUGUAUUAGUUUCCAAAGGAAAGCUCAAAAUAAUUGUUAAUGACACUGGCAUUGGCAUUGAAGAAGGCAAGCUCUCCACGAUCUUCAAAGAAUUUAGCACUCAAUUAAGCGCAACAAUAAAUCCAUCAGGUUGUGGACUCGGAUUAUUCAUUUCGAACGCAAUUUCAAAGGAGCUCGGCUCUCAGCCAAUAGAAGUCCGUUCAGAACUUCAAAAAGGAUCCUCAUUUAGCUUCUCAGUUGACAUAGGUGAAGAGCCUGCAUCUGAAGAACCUUUGUUUGAAGAGUUUAAUACACCUAUAGUUUCUGAAGAUCUUCCUUUAUUCCAAGUCAAAGAUUUCAGUAAGCUUAUUGAAAAAGAAUUCCCAAAGGUCUUAAUUGUCGAUGAUAACGAUUUUAAUAGAAUUGCUGUUGGAACUUUGCUGCUUCAUUAUGGGAUUUUGUUCACUGAGUGCUGCACUGGAAAAGAAGCUAUAGCAGCAGUAGAAGUGAGUGACAAAAAAAAGAAGCCGUACAAGCUGAUUAUUAUGGAUGGAAGCAUGCCUGAACUAAAUGGCUGAGAUGCAGCCAAAAUUAUACAUCAAUUAUACUUUGAUGGCAAAAUUGAAGUCCUGCCAAUAAUUAUUGGAUACACUGCGUUUAGUUCAGAAGAAGAGCUGAAUUUGUGCACAACUUCUGGGAUGAAAGAAUGUCUGAUUAAACCUUGCAAUCCUGAAGUUUUGAUUGGUAAGGUUUUGCACUAUUUGUCGACAUAA